AGGGACUGUCCAGUUUGGCCAAUGUACAUGGCAGAGGGGCAUUGCUGGCACAUGAUGGCAUAUAUAACAUUAGUGGAUGUGCAGCUGAGACAAUGACAAACAUUGAAAGGAACCCCACGCACCAAAUGAUUUCUCAGCUGCACAGUUUUGCUGCUACUGGAAACAAGAUCAGAUUGACAGCGCUAUGCAGUCAUUCUCCAUCCCUUAUCAAUGAAGCUGCUGAGAAUGGUUGGACAGCCUUGAUGUAUGCUGCCAGAAAUGGACACUUUGAGAUUGUACAAAUUCUUCUUGAAAAAGGGUGUGACAGGUCCAUUGUCAAUAAAUCGAGCCAGACUGCAUUAGACAUUGCUAAAUUUUGGGGAUAUAAGCAUAUAGCUAAUUUACUAGCGAAUGUUAAGGGUGGACAGAAGCCUUUUUUCCUGCCAAACGAUAAAAUAGAGUAUGAAAAUUAUUUUAGCAGGACACUUCUGGAUAGAAGGAGUGAUAAAAGAACAGAUUCUAAAUGGUUAAACACAAAACAAAACCAUCCAGCCACGGUAUACAUCCUUUUCUCAAAUUUAAACCCAUUAGUCACUUUGGGUGGAGGGAAAGAUGGUUCCCAGCAGCCUGAAGUCAGGCUUUGCAGGCUGUGCCACAAGGAUGUAAAGGAAUACAUGAGCCAGACUGAAAAAGUCACCUUGAUUUUUCUUGGAGUAGAACUUCAGUUGACUACUCUGAAUGGAGGAAUUCUGAAGGAAGAUGAAGAAGAUGGACUGGUUGCUUGGUUUGCCCUCAGCAUAGAUGCUACCUUUGCUGAACAGUUUAAACAGAGGCAUGAAGACUGUUAUUUUCUUCAUCCUCCAAUGCCUGCACUGCUGCAGUUGCCUGAAAAAGAAGCUGGAGUAGUAGCCCAGGCUAGAUCUGUUCUAGCAUGGCAUAACCGAUACCAAUUCUGUCCAACAUGUGGCAGUGCAACCAAGAUUGAAGAAGGAGGCUACAAGUCGACCUGCUUAAAAGAAGACUGUCCCAGUCUUCAAGGUGUUCACAAUACAUCGUACCCAAGAGUUGAUCCUGUAGUGAUUAUGCAAGUCCUUCAUCCAGAUGGGAACCAGUGCCUUUUAGGCAGGCAGAAGAGGUUUCCUCCUGGCAUGUUUACCUGCCUUGCUGGAUUUGUAGAGCCUGGGGAAACAAUAGAAGAUGCUGUUCGAAGAGAAGUAGAGGAGGAGAGUGGAGUCAAAAUUGGCCAUGUUCAGUAUGUCUCUUGUCAACCAUGGCCAAUGCCCUCCUCCCUAAUGAUUGGUUGCUUAGCUGUUGCAGUGUCUACAGAAAUUAGAGUCGACAAGAAUGAAAUAGAGGAUGCCCGUUGGUUCACUAGAGAACAGGUCGUGGACGUUCUCAUUAAAGGAAACCAGCGUUCUUUCUUUGUGCCACCGAGUCGAGCUAUUGCACACCAGUUGAUAAAACACUGGAUUGGAAUGAAUGCUAAUCUUUAAAUUCGAGGAACUGAGUUCUUUGAGUUAAAUUACUGUUUCCAGUGACUGCUAAUGUAAAUAAAUUAGAAAUAAUUGGUCAUUUAGUGAAGUGGUGACCACUUGAGUUUCUUGGUCCUUUGACUCCUGAGAUAUACUUGCACUCAGUGAUUCUUUUCAGAAAUUUGUUGGAGUGGGACAGUCACCCACUGAUUACCCCAAACAAAAACGUCAACAUUAAAGUAUAAUUUUGAAGGUUUUUUUAUAAUCGGGUUAUUCUGCCCUUCGCUAUCCCUCCUUUUAUUUUCCAGGACUCGUCUGAGCUCUUCUAGAUCUACUAUUUUUGUUUGAGACAUUGUUAAAAUCAGCCGUGGUGUAAGUUGUGACAACUCCGCUAAUUAUGCCUGCUGUGUCUGAGAUUCUUUUCCUCUGUGUUUACCUGCAAUUUUGUUGUUUGUUUUUCCUUUUUCUCUCCUUUUUCCUCUUUCUUGUUCUAUACCUUCCUCACUUUCCCUUUUUUAUCCUCCCUCCCUUUUGGCCGUUCGUCACUCCCUCCUACCCCAACGAACACUUAGCAUUACAUUUUAGCAGCAAUGUUAGCAUUUAAUUCUAGAAGCUCUAUUAGCAACAGGUAUCACAUGCUGGUAGUACAUUCAUUAGAAGCUAGGUGUGUAAUGCUUUUUAUAGCUUAUAUGAUUAGUGUUGCUGAUGCUAGAGUUUGAGCCAGCAAUCUUGUGUGGAUCCUGUCACCUCAUUAACAUAUUGUCCAAACAUUAUUUUAAAGACCUUUUGCAAUAUUGUGUUUGCAAUAAAUGGGGGUGAGGAUGGCUGCUCCAGAAGCUUAAAUAUUAGAUACUGUUAUAAGCAGCCACAGACUUGUUGACUGGUAGACAGCAAACAAGAUUGCAGUUGAUUGGCUUCUUUGGUCAGUGCAAAUUAGUGUAGAGACUUCAGAAGACAAGUAGAUUAAACUAGACAAAAAAGACACCAGAAUUAAUGACAGUUCAUCUAAAUACAAAAUAGUGUUUUUUAAAAUUUGAAGCAUUAAGGAAUGCUGCUUAUAUGAGUAAUAUAUAAUCAAAAAUGAUAGGUAACUUAAAAAUACCAAAUCUAAAUGUAAUGAAGAGAAGACAGCAUUUUUAAACAAUAAAAUAUUAAUUUAUUGAUGUACGUUUAACAUUAGUAAUUUACGGUACUGUUUCAGAUUUUGUGCCUUAAUUAUAAAUUAGUGAGGAGAAUUCAAAUUACUUUCUUUCCAAAUUAAAGGCUAUAAAGUGUACUACAGUAGAAGCUCGUUUGCAGCAACACCUUGUAAGAGCAACUGCCGCUAACGAGCAACAUUUCCCCUGGGAACAAUUUCCUUACUGCUAUUUUUCCACUUGGUAACAGCAACAUAGCCGCUGCAUAAGAGCGACAUUUGUGACAUCACAUCCAGAGGUGGAGAUUGUGUGUGUGGGGGGGGGACAUGUAUGAGCAUUGCACCCCUUCCCCCCCCCCCACUGCAUCAUUCCACUCCCAACACAGGUGACCGCAAGGCAGUGAGAGACCUUAAAAAACUGAUACCGACCACCCCACCAAAUCAAUCUUAGGUGCCGCAGCACCAACAAAACCAUGGCCACCAACACCUUUAUUGGCACCGACAUCCCAGUCAGCCCCGACCAAACCUGUGGCACCAAGUAAACCGUCGACACCAAUACGACCUCCUGCACUGACAAGACCCUUGGCACCAGGCAAGCCUUCUACUCUUAUCUGCUGGCCAAACCAAAGAAUGUACACCUCUCUCAGCACUGACACAACCAUUAGUGUUGAUGAUGCUCCUCCUCCCACCUCCACAGGAGUUCAGAUACCCUAAAGAUGUGCUGGUAUUGAUAUGCCUGAUUCACCACUACCCAGACAUAAGCUUCCUCCACUCAUGCCUUUUCUCCAGAGUCACAGCACUGCUCCCUUUCCCCUCUGAGGACAGUACCACCUUUCCCUAGUGAGGAAGAGGAGGAGGAAUACUCCGUCCCACCCUUAUAUUCAGGACAGGCACAAAAAGCGUCCUCUACACAUCCUCAUUAUUCACAAACCAGAACCAAACCACGGCCCUGGUAUGGACCGCCAUGGAUGCAACUGUACUUGCCAAUCCCUCUACAUUGGCCAUAUUGGGGUCCCUGGGCCAUGUACAGAGCACAAUUUCCAAACCCUCCUAUAGAACAGAGCCAGACACACCCAUGCUUGCCAUCUUCAUCAGUUUCUUGACCACCAGAGGCCCGAUCCACUCCCAAUAGAGGACCAUGAAGAAGAACGGGAGGAGAUUACAGCACCACUCCAUUUUUCUUCCUCUUCCCUCAGUGAAACUAGCAUGCCUCCAUCCCCUAUGUCAGCCGACGAUUUCAAACAUUUCCAGAAGCUGUUUGGCAGGAUCGCAGACUCCCUCCAGAACCCUCUGGAGGAAGUGAGAGAGCAACAGCACAAGCUGCUCAAUAUCCUGCACUCCUUUACACUGACGAAGGUAGCCCUCCCUACCAAUGAGGCCCUCUUGGACCCCUGGCCAAGGUUCUCCAGUAGACCCCUGGAUCCAUCCUUUCAACCUGCAAGCAAGUGGACAAGAAAUAUUACAACCUUACUAAGAACAUGGAAUUUCUCUUUUCUCAUCCCACUCCAAACUCUCUGGUUGCCAUGCAGUUCAUGAGAAGGGAUGCCAAUACCACUCAACGUCAACCCCUUAUGACAGGGACUGGAAGUGACUGGCUCUAUUUAGUUGCAAGGCUUAGUCCUGUGCCACACUUCAGUUCCGAAUCUCCAGUGAUGAGGCUCUCAUGGUCAAAUACAACUAUGUAAACUAAGAUACAGGAAUUCUGCCAGGAUCUUCCCGACAACAAGGAAGAGCAACUCCAGGCACUCGUAUCUGAAAGACACUUGUUGGCUUUUAUGGGUUUACAAGCAUCUUUGGACUCUGCUGAUACACCUGCCCAUUCCAGCACGACAGCCGUAGUGAUGAGAUUGAGCAUCAUGGCCACACCUAUCCAGACUCCCUGAGAAAGCACAAACUACUGUUGAAGACCUACCAUUUGAGGGUACCAAAUUAUUCAUCAAAUGCACCGAUUAGUCCCUACAUAAAGGACUCUCAAGCAACUCUGCUCUCUCGGCAUCUAUAUUUGAGUGCUUCAUAAGAUGCAAGGGGUCUGAGCCUGAGUCGUCGUCAUAGCUCCAGCAUGGCCACAACAGAUUUGGUAUACUUACCUCCUUCACAUGACCAUAUGUCCUCAAAUCACUCUGCGACCAAUUCCACACCACCUCUCACAAGUGCGGGUCAAAUCCUCCAUCCCAAUCCACAGCUCCUCCAUCUGAAAGCAUGAAUCCUACAUGGUUUCGGGAUUUGAAGGUGACCUGUUCAGAGGCAGUAAAAUAUGUCCUCCUGAAUAGCAGACGUGAUAAAACUUGCUGCACUUACCUCCAAAAUGGACACGGUUCUUAUCCUGGUGCAGCACCAAUCACAUCUCAGCAAUGAAUGCUCCUUUACCGCUCAUCCUAGACUAUAUUUUACAUCUUAAAGAUCAGGGUUAUCCACCAGUUCCAUUUGUGUACACUUGGCCACCAUCACAACAAUUCCACUCCAGUAUAGCCUGCCACUCCCAUUUUCACCCACUCAUGAGAUUCCUGAAAGGUCUCCAAAACCUUGACCCUCACAUAUGAGAUCCCACCCCAGCUUGGACUAUGGCCUCAUCUUGUGCUGUCUCACCAGAUCACUGUUCAAGCCCAUGCCAACAUGCUCUUAUAUUCAUCUGUCCCUGAAAACAGCAUUUCUUUUCACCAUCACCUCUGCCUGACUGGUAGGAGAAAUUGGUGUGCUCCUGGCAUACCUCCCCACACACAGUUUUUCAUAAAGACAAGGUAACAUUAUGUCCACAUCCAAAAUUCUUACCCAAGGUACCGUCUUCCUUCCAUUUAUAUCAACCUAUCCACUUUCCCUGCUGCUUCCCAAAACCACAUGGCAACCAGCAGGAAGCGGUUACACAUAUUGGACAUCAGGCAAGCAUUAACCUUUUACCUGGACAGAAAUUGUAAAUCUUUCUGAAAAUCGCCACAUGCUUCUCAACAGCGAAAAGAUCAAAAGGCAUAAUCAUUUCCAAACAACACAUUUCCAAGUGGAUCUCACAAUGUAUACACCUUUCCUACCAACUACACAAUCGACAACCCACUGGAACUAAAGCACAUUCAACACUGACACUCUAUCCACCUCGAUUGCCUUUCUCAACAAUGUCCCAAUUACUGACAUUUGCAAAGUGAUCUCUUGGGCCUCCACGGAUACUUUUAGCUAACACUAUGCAAAUACCCCUGGCGCAACAUCAGAUGCCCUACUAGGAUACACUGUCCUAUCAUCUGCAUUAAAUGCCGUUCCAAAGCCUCAGUCUUCCAACUAGAGGUACUGCUAUAUAGUCACCUACAGUGGAGCACCCGUAGGGACAUCACUCGAAGAAGAAGAGAGGGUUACUCACCCUGUGCCAUAACUGAGGUUCUUCGAGAUGUGUGUCCUAUUGGUGCUCCACUACCUGCCCUCCCCUCUGCUUCGGAGCUGAAAGAUGAGCUCUGCAGUAGAGAAGGAACGGGGAGAGAAGGGGAGAGACGGUUGGACCACACAGCGCUAUAUAUGCAUGCCGCUCACGGCGUGAGACAGGGAAGAGCGCAUGUGUGGGCCAAUGGGCACUGCUACCAAAGAUCUCCCAUCCCAGGCACAAGGGGCACUGCCGCACCUAUAGUGAAGCACUUCUAGGGAUAUACAUCUCGAAUAACCUCAAUUACUGCACAGGGUGAGUAAUCCUCUCUUCAGCUACUUCAUUCCUCCCAUAUUUUGGGUUCCCCCACUCCAGAACUCCACACACACACAACAUGGCUGCCCCACCCCUUCUGAAAAACCCUUAACACUUCAUAUGCCUUAGGUCAGAUGACACUCCCAGUAACAAUAAUAGCCGCUUACGAGCAACAUAGCAAAAGGGCACCUAUACGUUGCUACUAAUAAGCAUCAUAUUGGAAAGAUUUUUAUUUAAUAAACUAAACUGUGAUUACACAGAGAAUGUAGUGGUCUGAAGAGAAAUGCAAAUGACCUGAAGAAAUUGUAAUUAUAUAAGACUCAUACAUAGAAAUAGUGUAUUGCUUUAUGGGAUUCACUUAUUCAGAGUAAAUUAGAUGUCUUUGUAGACAAUGUGAGACCAAACUUGACGCAAGUGACUCUUUCAUGGAUUACAGAGUCUAAGUCCAACAGGAAUAUUUAUAUGGCCUUUUUCAAAUCCCAGUAGAAAUAAAUUUUCCUGUGCAUUGUUUGCAAUGCAAACACUGCAGUACUUUACUAUUAUCAGAGUGGUUCUCAAACUGUGGUCCAGGCAGCACUUCUGGUGGCCCACAAAGAGCUAACAAGUCAUAUGUUGCUGACCUUUGUUCCAGCUGCAUCUUCUGUUGAAGAACAUGGAUGUCUGUUAAAUCAUCUGGAAGAGAGGAGGGUGAGCUACACUAUCUGCUUACACUAGGAGCUUCUGCUACACAAGUGGAGAGGAUAUAGGAAAUGCUUUCAGGGGCCAGAGCUACCAGUAGGACUGGAACCAAGUGUCACCGAUGGAACUGCUGCUCCUAUUGACAGAGGAGGGUAGAGAGAAGGGAAUUAAGUAGUAGCAUGUUCAGAGAAGCAAAAGAGUAAUAGGCAGCAUGUGAAAGAGAGAGAAGGACAAAGUGAUGUAGGUAAGUAUGGGCAGGGGAUGAUGAUGACUAAGAGUGGAGAAUGAUAAGCAAGGGGAGAGACUGGAAUAGACAGGAGGGGGAGAAGAAGUGAAGAGCAAAUGAAGACAUUGUAAAGACAAAUCACUUAUCACAUUAAGCAGCUAAAAAUAUGGAUGUACAGCCCUUUCCUAAUAAUAGUUUUUCAUGUUAGUUGCCAUAGGGAUAGAAUGACUAGUGAAACUCAUAGGCAGGAAUCCACAAGACAAUCUCUUUCUUAAGAUGCAGACCACACUAUGAAAAAUUUGAGAACUCAUGUACUACUGUAAAAGAACCUGAAAGACCCAUUAUUUUCUAGUCACUUAUACUAUUUUUGUAUUUCUUCCCCCAAAGACAAUGAAAGGUAAAUUGUGAAAAAUAAAGUAAUGGUUUAAUAAUCUUUCAGUUUUAAUCCUCUCUGGUUUUAUUUGUAACAUAUAAGGAAAUUUAUUUUUCAAAAUAUUACAUUAUGUAAAUGUUAAGCUGACGCCUUUUUAACCCUCUUCUCUACUAGAUGUAAAUGAUCAUCCCUUCUCUUCAUCCCAAAAGUUGUACAUUUCAAAAAGGUGCUGAUGUGUCAAAACAGCUACAUUCCCUCUAUCUAAUAUAUCAAACAUGACUGGAAUGAAACAUUAAUACUUGUAUGUUAUUAUGUGAAAUAAAGGCGAUUUUAGCUA